AUUACAAUUUAUACGUUCGAAAUGGAUGGACGCGUCGUCUCGUUUUUCGUUCUUUUACUUUGCUCGUUAAUUAAUGCCAGAGAUGUAGAGCUGAUUAGACGAAAGAGAAUUGUCGGCGGAACCGCGGCCGCGCAACCACCCAAGGACGACCCGGUGGUUUUUGUGAAUAAAAAUGAUCGACACGCGCGUAUUAUCGGCAAUCGCGAUCCUGACAAAGGAUUCUACAUCUUUCGUGGAAUCAGAUUUGGGGAACCACCGACGGGUCGAGCAAGAUUUCAGCGAGCUUCACCUGUAUAUCUCGAAGGAGAAUAUAACGCUACUACUUGGGGACCUCCUUGUCCUCAGCCUGCCUAUGAUGGAACCAACAAAAUUAUAGGAAGCGAAGAUUGUCUCUUUCUGAACAUCUUCACACCAUCGCUUCCGGAUACCACUGACGGUUAUCCUGUACUGAUAUGGAUUCAUGGAGGUGGUUUUAGAAAAGGUGCAGCGUGUCAAUAUGAAAUGAGACAUUUGAUCAAAAAGAAAAUGAUUGUAGUGUCUAUCCAAUAUAGAUUGGGAACGUUAGGUUUUUUGAGUACAGGUACGUCAGAAAUGCCAGGAAACAACGGGAUGUUUGACAUGAUACUGGCCGUCGACUGGGUGAAGGAUUACAUACACUUCUUCGGCGGUAAUCCGAAGAAAAUAGUAGCCUUCGGUCACGGUACCGGCGCCAGUUCUGCCAUGAUGUUAUCGUUGUCAAAAUUCUGCGAAAAUAGUUUCAGCGGCUUGAUCGCUAUGUCCGGUUCAAUUUUAUCUCACUUCGCUGUCGACAAGAACCCUUUUGAAACGGCCAGAUAUAUAGCACGUAAAAAUAGCUGUCCAAUAAAUGAUACUCGAAGAAUGGUGUACUGUCUGCGAGAAUUGCCAGUGGAAAAAUUGAUUAGAGUUGAUUCCGAGUUAGAAGGCAUUCGUGCGGCCGCACGAGGUUUCGUCUCCAGUUUAUCCAAUCUACUCGGAUCCGGUCCCGUCGUAGAAGGUUCCAAUGACGGAAGAUCGCUCCCGAACUUUAUGACGGCGUCGCCGGAGGAUUCUUUGAAGCUCGGCAAUUUUCCAUCUAUACCGCUGUUGACAGGAGUCAUGAGCGAUGAAACGGGAGGUGCCGUUUUCGGUCAAUACAAAGAUGAAGUGCAAAAUAAACUAAACAUGGCUCCAGAUUAUUUGACCAAUGAGUUCAUACCGUAUUUGCAAGGGACUAUUCCGAAUAUGCGAAACGGUUUGCGCUUCAUCCCGCAAGCUUUCAACGGCUACUUCAACAUCUUUGGAAGUGAUAGCAUGCGGAAUACAAUUGGAAGAGUUGCAGAAGCUCUGAGUGACUCGCUCUAUAACGCUCCUGCAUUUCUGACCGUCGAUCACUGGUCCAAAAAAGCAAAUGCGUUUUUAUACACUUUUGAUCAUAAAGGAAAAAGAAAGUACGGUAAAGACUUCCUUGCGGGAUUGCCAAUCGUUGACGCCAAACAAUCAUCGAAUGGUAAUUUGAAUCAUGGAGACGAUUUAGGAUUCAUAUUCGACCGAAAUACAAUUACCGGUGAAAAAAUAAGCGACAACGAUGAAGUAGAUGAAGUGGAUGAAAAUGUAACCGAAAUUUUUACGGAUAUGAUAGCAAAUUUCGCAAGAAGCGGGACGUUUAGCGUACCUACUACGAAUAUACGCUCUAAUGGCAGUGCUUGGAAGCCGGAUAUAAUUCCAAAUUUCUCAGAUAAAACAAAUUCUUUCAUUAGUAUCACGACGGAUCCGAAAAGCAUGAAUAAUUUUAGAUACUGCGAAAUGGGAUUAUGGACCGCUGUGCCAGAACGAUUGCAAUCACCAAUGUGUAGUUUAUAUAAAGCUCCUUUACAAUUAAUAGAACAAGGUACCACAGGAACAAUAUCUGUAAUUCAAGAACCUAUUAAUACAAUAAAUGAAUUUGUUCCUGAUCUUAAAUCUGGCCUUAACAUCGCGAAUCAAUCGACCAAUCAAAAUAUUAAAGAACCAAAUAAAGAGAAUACUGUACAACGUAAAACAAAUGGCAGAUUAUUACCAAAGGUACCUAUACCAUCAAUACCAUUCGCUGGUUAAAUUUGUUCAACUUCUUUUAGU